GGCUGUGAAUUUUCAGCCCCCUGGAACUCUUGUGGCCACUUUCCAGCCUGUCAGAUGGUAGUGUCCCUCAUGACCUCAGUGACCAUGACCUCUGCUGAGGGCCUACUGCGUGCCAGACCUUGGGCUCAUUUAUGUACCUUAUCUACAGAUGAGGAAACAGGCCUACAGAGAUUAAGUGAGGUGUCCACGUGCAAGAGGCAAGGGUUUGAACUGAGAUCUGACCCCAAAGGUCUAUGCCUUUCACGCUUGGGCAAUGACAGUGGAACAGGCUGUGGUUUGGCACCUGUUGGCCCACAGCCUCAGUAAAAUAAACAAAAACCAAACCUCACGGUGGAGGUUUCUGGCCUGCCCGGAGCUGGUGCUGACGCAGAGCCUGGAACUAAGGCCCUUUGUGAGGUGGCCCCAGGAGCUGGCGGCAGGUUCCGGCCUCUGUGGGGGAGGGGCAGGCAGAAGCUGGGAUUAGGGACCCAAGUGGAGAUGGUUCUUGCUAUGCUGGGGGCUCUGUACCCCAGGGCCCGGCUGAGCCUCUUUCUCCUCUACUUCGUCCUGGCAGCUGCCCUCCUGCGCCCCCAGCCGCUGAGGCCUCAGCGAUCUAUCCCUGAGGAAUUUUCAGCCCCCCUGGAACUCUCGCAGCCGCUUGCUGGCCUGGUGGAUGAUUAUGGGAUUCGGCCCAAGCACCCAUGGCCACGAGGGCCUCGACCCCUCCUCUCCCAGGCCCAGCCACGCAAGCGGGAUGGGCCGGACAUGGCUGAGUAUUACUACGACGCGCACCUGUGACGGGCACCCCUCAUAAAGCUAUUCUAUGCAGCAAAGGUGUGAGCUCUCCUGGGGGAAAAAAGCUGGGCGUGGAAGGGGGUCCAAGGAGAGGCACCCACUGCGGUCCAGACAGGAAAUGGCACUUUAAUAGUUGUGGCCAGUGUGACAGGACCAAGACAGGG